AUGGAGGAAUACUGGGACACUGAAGAAGCACAACAAAAGAGUAAAACCUACUCUGAUGCCCGUAUGUCUGACCGUAAUGGCCUAGGUCCUCAUGUCCACCUCUCAGGGCCAAAGUCGUAUCGAGAGCUUCAAGAUGAAAUGGAACUUGAAUUGGGAAGAGAAGUCCGACUUGGUGAGGUUUUUAUCAAGGCACAUACAAAGCCCGAUGGUACAUAUGUUGAUCGGAAGGCAGAAAAGAUCGCAGAAACAUAUGAGAAGACUGUUCAAGACAGGUUGUCUCAGCUCGAAGCAGAGUCUACUGCUGUGUCAGAUGGAGAAUCACGGCCACGGGACCUCACAACAGAAGAAUAUACAGAAAUUUUCCUUCAGUCCACUGAGAAGGAUUCAAGAGGAACACCUUAUGGAGUUGGAAGCCUCAAGGACUGCCUUAUCAAUGGAAAGCAUAAGCAAGCAAGUGGCUCUUCUACCUUUGUGGCUCUCGAAGAACAGUUGAAGGAAGCUAAACGCAUGAUUGAAGAACAGGCUGCUCAACUGAAGCGGCGUGAUGAAGAAAUUGCUGCGCUUGAAGCUGAGCAAUCCAAAGUUAUUGCUGCCCAGAAGGACAAGAUUGACCAAUUUUCCAUCGUGGAGGAGUUUCUAAGGGAAUGUGAUCCGAGGUUUCAGUCCUUUGUUGCAAGCCAUUCACCUAAAGAGACAACCACAGAACCAACUCCAACUCCAUCAACAUCUGCUUAGUAGGUUUCUCUGUUUUAACUCCCUUUUGGAUGAACUCAAUAUCUCUCUCUUUUGGAUGAACUCAAUCUCUCUCUCUUUUGGUUGAACUCUAUCUCUCUCUUUU